CAUAGCUUUGUUUAUGCUAUGAUGUGUUCAUUAUUGGUAAAGAUUUACAUACAGUCUUUUUUUAGCAGGAAGAUAGGAAGGGAUGCUAAGGAACCUGGUCAAGUACCACCAUCUAGUGGACAAAUGUGAUAACAGACCAGAAACUUCCUGAAUUCUCCGCCUCUCCUCCUGUCAGAGUAUAAAGCUGGGACAGAGUCACUGCUGAGACAGAAAGAUACACAGAAGAGAAAAGACAAUUCAACCAGCUUUCAUCUGCCAACAAAAAGACUCAAGACUUGAAACUCUGAAAAUGCUGUGCUCUCGAGGUCUUCACUCUGAUCUCAGUCCAUCCAUGUUCUUCUUCUCACCUGUACGCAGUCUGUGGCCAGAGGUCAGACCUCUGUUCUACCAGCGGGAUCUGUUGCAGAGGAACCUGCAGGAGCUGCGCAGCAGUCUGGAGCUGAUGGACAAAUUUCAAGACAAGAUCCUGGAGGAGACGGAGCCUUUCCAGAGCAGUGUGACCCUGCAACCAGUGAGCUUCCAGCUGGACAAAGAUGGACAGAACUUUGGCCUGACCCUGGACACUCGAGGCUUUUCUCCAGAGGAGCUGUCUGUCAGGCAGGUGGGCAGAAAGCUGAGAGUCAGCGGGAAGACAGAGAAGAAACAGGAGGACGGGAAAGGCUCCUACUCUUACAGACUCCAGGAGUUCAGACAAGAGUUGGAUCUGCCUGAAGGCCUGAACCCUGAAGCCGUCACCUGCUGCCUGUCUCCAGACGGAAAGCUCCACAUCCAGGCCGCCAAAGAGGAGGCUGACAGAGAACUGACCAUCAAGAGGAGCUCGGAGGAGGAACCACAGCAGAGAGAGAGUUCACAGAAACAAGAUAGCAAAGUGCAGACUCCCAAUACAUCAUAGAACAAACAGGAGAACCUGGAUUUAAACUCUACAUGUGCAUAUCUGAUCAUUUCUUAUUAAUGGUAUUUAAGCUAAUUUAGCUCAUUUUGAUUUUAAACACGUCUUCAUUUUUAAACGUAUUAGCUAGUUCUGACUGUGAAUAAACGAUUAAAUGCAACAAGAUGACAUGAAUGUAGUAAAGGGACUUUUUUAUUUUGUUAUAUCUUUGUUUGAUGAAAGAGGAAUAAAUAAAUGUUUCAUGUUG